GGGCGCUGUCUGCGGAGAGCCGCGUUGCGCAUGCGCGUGACGCAGCUGAAGGGGAAGUGCUGCUGUCUGCGCUUCAUUCAUGCGGCCGGACGUUAGCAGGUUUCUAAGCGCAGAGGCGGCCGCGGCUCCCCCCGUGAAGACCGACAGAGGCUCCGUGACCCCCCCUCAGUAAAGCCACCAUGGCAGAAGCCCACCAGGCGGUGGCCUUUCAGUUCACCGUCACCCCCGAUGGCAUCGACCUCCAGCUGUCCCAUGAGGCUUUGCGGCAGGUCUACCUGUCCGGCCUGCAUUCCUGGAAGAAGAGGUUCGUCCGCUUUAAGAAUGGCGUGAUGACCGGCGUGUAUCCCGGCAGCCCAGGUGGGUUCAUGGUGGUGGUGGUCUCCUACAUGUCCUACAACAAGUUCAAGCAGCUGGAUCCUUCUCUGGGGCUGAUGGCCCGGCUGGGACAUUACGUCCCCAUCAGCAAAUACAUGUCGACAGACAGCCAGAAGAUAGUGGGGGGUGUUCUGGUCGGCACAGGCGUGUGGGUCACCAUCAUCAUGAUCAUGAGGAACGUGUUGAAGUCUCUGCUGUCGUGGCAUGGUUGGAUGCAGGCCCGCCAUGGUACCAUGUCCUGGUCUACAAAGCUGUGGCUGCUGCUUGUGAAGAUCUUCUCUGGCAGGAAGCCGAUGCUCUACAGUUUCCAGAACUCUCUGCCACGCCUGCCUGUCCCCCAAGUCAAGGAUACCUGCAGGAGGUACCUGGAGUCAGUGCGGCCGCUGAUGGAUGACGAGCAGUUUGACAGGAUGAAAGGUUUGGCUGAAGACUUUGAGAAGAAUCUGGGCCCACGGCUGCAGUGGUACCUCAAACUGAAGUCCUGGUGGGCGUCAAACUAUGUGAGUGACUGGUGGGAGGAGUAUAUUUACUUGAGAGGUCGAGGACCCAUCAUGGUCAACAGCAAUUACUACGCCAUGGAUUUCCUGUACGUGUUCCCGACCUCCAUCCAGGCGGCGCGGGCGGGGAACGCCAUUCACGCCAUCAUGCUGUACAGGAGGAGGCUUGACAGAGCGCAGAUCAAACCUAUUUACUUGCUGGCGAACAAGGUUCCUCUGUGCUCCGCUCAGUGGGAGCGAAUGUUUAACACCACCCGCGUCCCUGGCGUGGAGACAGACACCCUGCAGCAUAUGAACGAGAGCAAACACAUCGUGGUCUACCACAAGGGGCGCUACUUCAAGGUGUGGAUGUUCUACGACGGGCGGCUGCUGCUGCCGCGGGAGAUCGAGCAGCAGAUGGAGAGGAUCCUGGCAGACGAGUCCGAGCCGCUGCCGGGGGAGGAGAAGCUGGCGGCGCUGACCGCGGGGGAGAGGACGCCCUGGGCCACGUGUCGUGAAACCUACUUCAGCCGUGGGAAAAACAAGCAGUCCCUGGAGGCCGUGGAGAAGGCGGCCUUUGUCGUGACCCUGGACGACACCGAGCAGCGCUACGACCUGGACAACAAAGUCAAGUCUCUGGACAGCUACGCCAAGUCGCUGCUGCACGGGAAGUGCCAUGACAGGUGGUUCGAUAAGUCCUUCAACCUCAUCAUCUUCAAGAACGGCACCAUGGGGCUGAACGCGGAGCACUCGUGGGCCGACGCCCCCAUCGUCGGUCACCUGUGGGAGCACGUUCUGUCCAUGGACCCGGUCAAGCUGGGGUACGCCGAUGACGGCCACUGCAGAGGGAAGCCCCACCCCACCCUGCCCGGCCCCCAGAGGCUGCAGUGGGACAUCUCCACCGAGUGCCAGGACGUCAUCGAGCGCUCGCUGACCGUGGCGCGGGCUCUGGCGGACGACGUGGACUGUCACAUCAUCCCCUUUGAGGAAUUUGGGAAGGGGCUGAUCAAGAAGUGCCGCACCAGCCCGGACGCCUUCAUCCAGAUCGCCCUGCAGCUGGCCCAUUUUCGAGACAAAGGGAAGUUCUGCCUGACCUACGAGGCCUCCAUGACCCGCCUGUUCCGGGAGGGCCGAACGGAAACCGUGCGCUCCUGCACGGUGGAGACCUGCGACUUCGUCCGCUCCAUGACCCGCGAUGAGACGAGGGAGGAGCGCCUCCGCCUGCUCAAAGUGGCUGCAGAGAAACACCAGAACUUGUACCGCUUGGCCAUGACGGGACACGGCAUCGACCGCCAUCUCUUCUGUCUCUACGUGGUUUCCAAGUACCUGGGAGAAGACUCCUCCUUCCUGAAGGAGGUGCUGUCCGAGCCGUGGAGGCUCUCCACCAGUCAGACGCCGCUGCAGCAGGUGGAGCUGUUCGAUCUGGUCAGACACCCUGAAUACGUGUCUGCGGGCGGAGGCUUCGGUCCAGUCGCUGACGACGGUUACGGCGUCUCCUACAUCAUCGUGGGGGAGGAGCUCAUCAACUUCCACAUCUCCAGCAAACGCUCGAGUCCAGAGACGGACUCUCACCGUUUCGGCUCCAACAUCCGGCAGGCCAUGCUGGACAUCCUGGCCCUCUUCAACCUGGACGCCAAAGCCAGCAAGUGACGGGCCGGGCGUGCACGAGGCGCAGCCGCAGCUGCAGCCGCUCCCGAAGGAUCUCUUACUUUAGGCUUGUACAGAAUCAGUGGGGGGGUCAGGAGGAUGUAAAGCUAAUUGGAUUUUCAGAAUAAAAUGCUUGUGUGCGGUCUCUUUAGGCAACGCCAGCCUGCAGUCCAGGUGUCGCGCCGAUCAAAGUCGUUCUUUUCAGGUGCCUUAGUGACAAACUCAUGUAACGGAGGGCGAACCGAGCAGGAACGUUUCAGUCUGGGAUCAAGUCAAGGUUUGCUCACUAACGCGGAGCUCCUCCUCCUGAGCUGCAGCUCGGCUGACGUCCUGGUGAUCCGCCGCUGCUGGAUUCUGCUGCUCCAGUCAGACGGAGGUCGCGCCGAGGUCAUUUCAGUAGUCGGCACAUCGUAACGUUCAUCACUGCUGUGCACUCCGUGGGGGGGUUGAAGCCCAGGUCCCGGGGGGUCCAGCACAACCGCUUCUUCUGAAGUUACUUUUAGGAACGGCAGUGGGAGGAGCUUCUGGAGUUCAGCCGUCAGUCCGUCUAUUUAUUUAUUGUUUCACGCCUUUAGCAGCUGAAUGUGACGCAAUAAUAAUCACUAAUUUAACUCUGAUUUCUAGAUGAAGAUACUGUUUUGGUUGUCGGUUUGCUGCCUGUGGUUGUUGGACUUUUAUCUGCGUAGAUCUGAUGUUUACACUGCUGCAUGUUUUAAAGAUGAAGCUGUAAAUGUUUGCCUUUAAUUUAAAAGAAGACGAGCAGCUGAUGAACCAAACCUUUUAACAAUAAACUGGAUGUGAAGCAGA